AUGGCUGUCCUGGUGGUAGGGCUCAGCGACGCCGCUUCCUCGCUCGAUACGCGAAGACGGGUCGGGUUGGUGGAAACGCUACACGCCCAUCUUAAGGGGAAGCCUGGAUCUGCUGCGGUGACCCUGGGGGGCGCUCUGGAGGGCAGGGCCGGCUACGGCGGGGUCUGCGCGGAUGGGGAAGGGGUAUUCCUGAAGACAGCCCUUCUUUACCUUUCCAGUCAACAGGUGGCCUCCGCCGUGAGGGAAGAAGACCAAGAACGGCUGUCCCCUGGCGGCCAAAACAGUGACAAUGACGAUGUGGGUUUAUACCGCGAUGCUGGUAGUGAAGAUGACAACGACGACGACGAUGACGGAGUGGUGAUCGACGUGGAAGGCACUGAGGACGGCGACGACGGUGACGGCGAUGGUGGCGGCGGCAGUGGCGGCGGCGGUAGCGGCAGCACGAAGGACAAGGAGAUGGGAAGACUGACCAGCUACAAUGGGUCGCCGAAGCAGGGCGAUGCUGAGUCGGCCAGCGGCGGUGCCGGUGGCAGCAGCGGCAACGGGCGAAGGCCGCCGUCAAAACGGGUCGAGCGCCUCGGGGAGCGAGUUAUUCGCGCGCUGUCCCAGUGCCAGGCCUGCCUGUACGACGUCGCCAUGGUCCCCUGCGAGGACCACCGCUGCUUGACCCCGCCAAGCCCCCCUUCCACGGCCCUAGAAGCGCGCGCGCUGUACGUCUGCUGGGAGAGCCGCCUACCCGACCUCCGCCGCUCCCACGCGCUCCGCCUUCUGGAGGCCGUCGCGGCCCACGCCGCGUUUUCGUCCCCGCCCGACACACGCUUCUCCAAGGCGGUGGAAACCCACGUGUUUUUGGCGUGGUCGCCGCUGGCGACGGCAGGGGCAGACAUGGGAGCAGUCGAGAAAGAUGGGCGGGACGUCCAAGGCAGCAGCUCGAGGAGCAGCAGCGGGCCAGGGUCGCGCGUUUUGUCCUUUUUGCGCGGGACAGGUUCAGCUCUACCAGGCGCGGUCUUCGACAACAUGCCUUUUGUCAGCGACGGAGGAAAUGGUGGCUCGGCCCCGGCGGCGACCGGGACUACUAUUCCGGCGGCGGCGGCUUCUAAAGACGGGACACAGGAUGUGAACAGCGAUAGAGGCGGUGCGUCGGUGGUGUCAGCAGGGACGGAGAGGGAAAAAAGAGACACGCACGAGGAGCGACGAAGACCGGGCACGGGGCGGGGAAACCCGCAGAGCGCGGAGAGGUGGGGUGGGGGCCCCGUGGACCCCGAGAUGGAGGCUUUCCGGCGCGUGUACCUGGGUUUCUACAAGAACCUGGUGGAGGCCAAAGGAGUGCCUUCCGGGUUCAGGUCAUGCGCGACGAAAUCGAUCGGCGACGCGUCCGAUACGGAGGCUGCGCUUAUGCAGGGGAUCCGAUGGCGCGUUCUCGAUCUCAGCUUUUGUCCGGACCGGAUGUCAUCUUGGAAAGGUUUGGCACAGUGCUCCUGUCGCCUGGCCGCCCUCUACCUAGAUUCCUUUUCUCCGUCGUGCCAUCGGUUAGGGAUGCCCCUCAUGGCAACAGCGGCGCCAGCUCAGACGCCGAUGGCCGACUCUCGAGCAGAAGGCCGCGGGAACCCUCCUCGAUCAUCAUCCGCCCCUGGCACGAAGGCCGGGGGGGAGGGGGUCGAGGCGAUAGACACGAGUGCGGCGGAAUCUCCUGGUUCGUGUCCCGUUGCCGUUGCGCCGGAAGACACGCCCUCGUCCUACGCAGACGCCGUGAUGUCGGAUGUUGUUGUAGCCGUUGAUGGCGGCAGCAGUGGCGUUCCUGCUGGCUCACCCUCUCCUGGAAGAAACGAAAGCGGCGCGGGGACUGGGAACGGUAGCGGUGUCGAUGGGGACGGCCCCAGCAACGUGACGCCACCGGCCCCCGCCAGCGAUGCGACCAUGGCUAUCGAAGUAGCCGGAACCCGCAAUUCCGAACAGGCAGGGCUGGGCGGCGAUGACAUCUCCAACUUGGUGAUAGACACCGGCGACAGCGACAAACCAGCCGUAGCCGAUACCGCUGCCCCGAUCGCGGCCGGCGGCGCUGUCAGCGGGUCGAUGGACGUCAGCACCGGACGCGGAGGAGUCCCCCGCAUCCUUGCGACGGCCGCCGCGGCCGGGAGCGCUACGGUAGCGCCCCGUUCAACCUCGGUGGUGGCAGGCGACGGCCGCAGCGGCGGCGGCAGCGGCGUCGACCUUCUCGGCAAGCGCCGCCUUUCACCGGCCUACACGGGCCUCGUCAUAGACACCGGCGAUGCCGUUCUCCCCGUCGACGGCAGCGGGGCACGGAAACGGGAACGUCAGGGCGGCGGCGGGCCGGACAAGGAGGCGCAGAGAAUGGCGUCGCCGCCGCCGUUCCAUGCGCUGGGGCUGCGAGGCACCCCCGGCCCCGACCUCGGCCCCUUCUUUCGAGAUACUUCGCUCGACGCGAGGGCAGCGAGGAAGGAUGGGAAAGGCGGUGGGAGGCGGGGUGGCACCAGGUUGGCCGCGAUUGCCGAGGGCCUGCGUCGUCUUGCGGCAUCCGGGGCGAGAACGGCGGCGGAGUCGGCGGCGGCCGAGACGAUGGCCACCCGGAUUUUAGGCGGCAGCGCCACGCACGAGGUGCGGUUGUUGGUGUCAUGUGUAUCUGAGGUGUGUGCGGAAUGGGCCGCUUGCCUCGGGCACGCCUCCAUCGCCGCCGCCGUCGGAGCCGCAGAAAAGGGUUUCUCGGCUUGGAAGGCGCUCGCCGAGGAAGCCCUUGCCAAGGCGCGCAGGGAGGUGUUCAGAGGUGGCGGUAAGGGCGGAGGAGGGCAUGAGGGAGGAGCGGAUGGAGGUGGUGUCGAUGCCUGCGAGACGGCGGCUAGAGACCUCGCCGAGUGCUGCGAGGAAGAAGCGUUCAUGAAGUUCAUGCUUGCCCGCGACGUGUGGCCCGGUGCCGAGCUCGCCUCCACCACCACUGCCUCGGCCGCCACCUCCACCGCCUCGGCCGCCGGCGGUGCGCCUUCUGUUACCGCUACGGGCCCCGCCCCUACCGCCGCCCCCACCGCCGCCACCGCACCCGCCGCCCGUGUUCCGGCCGGUCUCGAAGCGGGUGGACGGCGACGCCUCUUGGAGUCGUCGCUGACGCUGCUGCAACGGGCGCAGCGGCUCCGCGAAACGGGGGGGGAGGGGGGGGGAUCGUCGUCUUCGGCGCGCUCGCCCUCCCCGCCUUCGACGGCGUCAUCUUCCCCGCGUUGCCGGCGGCCGCUCACCGGGUCUCCGGUGUCGUCCCGGCCGCGGUCGCCCAAGACGCUCGCGCGCGAAGCCUUUGCCGUCGGAGGGGGAGGGGAGCAGCAGGACAAGUCGGCGGCCAGAAAACGGCGCAAGCUCUUCGAAGCCCCUUCGUCCUCGGGCGGCGGCGGCGGCGGCGGCGGCGGCUCGGCCGCCGCUGCCUUCCCUCAUGACUCCGCGAGGGUGAGAGGAGCGGGGGUGGGGAUAGAGGAGAAGAGGAAGCGGGAGGCGGGCAAGGGGACGGAGGACGAGGAAGAUGAGGACGAGGACGGCGUGCUGCGCUGGCAAGUGCCGUUCGUGAUGGGGCGGCUCUGCUCGCAGCUCGGCAAGGACCCGCGGGCUGUCCUGGAGAAGCUCGCGGAGGCGUUACGCUUGGCCCAGGGGGAGCACGUGCCCUUAGAAGACGAGCUGGAGGCCCUGUGCCGCUUGCACUCGGCUCGCGCGGAGAUGGUUCUCUCCGGAGACUCGGCGCGCUUCGCUGCCGUUGUCUCCACCGUGGAGGCGUUUCCUUUCCGAGAAGAUGACACGGAUGGCGGCGACGAGGAGGGAGGCUCCGUAGAUUUCGCCCCCCCUCCCGCCAUAUUUUCUACCUCGCCGUCCGCCGCACCCGCCGCCGGUGGCGCCGGUGGCGGUGCUCCUGUGGGACAGGGGGCCGUGGAAAUGGAUAUAAGUGCGAGGAGGCUCUCCGUUCUAGAGAACUGUCUGGACGCUUUCGAGAGUUGCCUCGACGAGAACAAGGGGCAGCACACGGCCAUCUUCGCCAUGGCGAACGCUCUGUACAGGGGAGUCGCCAUCGCCGACGACGCCCGCCUGGUUCUCUCGAGUGCAGAGGCCAUGUCUCUUUUGGUCAGGAACAGCCAACGGGGCCGGGCGUACGGCCCCCAGGCAGCCCUCCAAACGCUGAAACCGUUGUUCGAGAAGCGCCAGCAGCUCCUUCUGGCGAUGAGCGCUUCGGACGGCGUGGUCGGGCCGGGGCUUGCUCUGCUGAGCUCGAGAAGGCGCAAGCUUCAAGCCCUCAAGAGAAAGUACUACGCCUUGUACGUUGAGCUUUUGCAAGCCACGAAUAACACUGGGACGCUCCAGGGGCUCCUGCGGCGGGCAAAAGGUGUCCGGGAAACCCGCGAAGAGGUGGUUUGGGUGCAACGGCGAGUCCUACGGGCUCUCCUCGCUAUCCUGAGGUCCGACAUCGACAGCCGUGCGCAGAAGCGGCUGCACGGCGUUGCAGCCGCCGCUGCUUCUUCCCCCUCUAGGGAUGCUGGCGCAAAUCCACCGCCGACGCUAUCGACAAGCCCUGCCACCGCGGCUGCGGGCGCCGCAGCUGUCACGGGCGGCGGAAACAUGAGCGCCACGACCGGGUCACUCACCGGUACCGAGGCGGAAGUCCUCCGGGCGGUGGACAAUCCGGGUGCCGCCCAACCGCAGGCAAGAGCAAUGACGGGGGCGGUGCCGGCGCCGGUAGGACAGAGCAAGGAAGUUGCGGCCGCCACGCCGGCGGCGGCGGCGACGGCAACGGCAAGUGGUGGGGGCAGCGCUGCGAAGCCGGGGGGUGACGAGAAGCUGGCUCUUGAGAGCGCCUGGAAUCUCUAUUUGCAGGUGGUCGACCUGGAGCCUACCACACGAAGCGGUGGCGGCAUCAGCAGUAGCCUUCGAGCUGGACAAUCUUCUUCUUCCGGCGUCACGCUCCUCGGGGAUGCGGAAGAGGUUCUCGUCAAGAGCUGGCAGGCGUUCGGCGCUGCCAACGCAGCCGUGCUGGAACUCGUGGAACUACAGAACCCCCUUCCUUCGCCGGGAAAAGGAGCGGGACCGGAUACCGGCGGCGGGAUGCUCCUACGCAGGGCACAAGCCUGUUGCCACGUCUUCUGGCCGGAUAAACAGGGGAGGGGCAAGACGUCCAAGUCAAAGCUCAAGCUCAAACGUCCGGCGGCGGCGGCGGCACUGCCGCUUGCAUCUUCCGCCAACCGGGCUGCUCCUCGCCCGAAAGUGCAGCCUCGCACGACGCCGCCACCUGCUUCGGCGGGGGCGGCGGUGGUAGCAAGGGACGCGGUCCAGCAGGACAAAUCGACUGGAGGCAAAGGUGGAAAAGAGGCUAGGCCGGACGUAGCCACGGCCGGGCCAGCAGCAACAACAACACCAACACCAUGAAAAAAACGAGCAGCUACCUGCUCCAACAGGAAGCCCCUCGUGGUACCUGCAACGUCAGCAACGGUGCGCCCCCCCCGGGUGGCGGGAAGGAGCGACACAGAAGUGGCAGGAGUGCCGAGAAGUCAUAGCCGUGUUGACGACACAGACGGCGUAACGAGGAUCGUAGGAGCGCUACGCUACAAGUAGGUAUCGAUGAUAAUAGCCAAUGGGGGCCGUCAAACCCACACGUCCCUGGCAACUAAAACGUACACAGGUAACGAAGCGCACAUGCAGGCGCUGGCGACUGCUCUAUGUACAGUACGGC